AUGUCAAGUGAGGCGGUGUUGUAUACGACCAUUGCGGCAGUGCAUCGAUACCGACCAGAGCCUGGUCCAGAAACUAAUACACCGUUAUCUGAAGCGAGUCACAGAGUUCAGUCCCCGUGCGUCUGGGAGCCGAUAUCGUACGGGGCGUGGGCGCAGAUCCACAUUUGCGCUGAAAUCGACGGCCAUGCGCGUUUCCGUAUUGUGGUGUGGAUUCUGGAGUCUGGCGCAGUUGUCGUGAAUGAUGUUCUUGGUAGCGGUUGCCGCUGGUGGCAACAUGCUAGCGAUAAGAGGACCCUGCGUCGACUUACAGGCGCCGACGGCUGCACGUACGGGUUUCAAUUCCGUUCCGCGACUGAAGCCAUCGAGUGUUCACGUAUCGUCGAUCAUGUCCUGACCAAUCCAGGUGUCUUGAAGGUCGUCAGGAAGUUGAUACGUGCUAAGGUUGAUCUCCAAGGCCUUAUCAUGGCGUGGCAGGGCGUCGGUUUACACAGCAACCACCUCCCGUCACGUAUAUCGAACUCCCUGUCAGAAUCGACGCCUCCGUCAUCUUCCUGCUCAGAACGAAGAGCUAGGCAACUUACAAUCUAUCCAACACAGCUGGAAGAGGUCAAGGAACAGCAGCAAGAAGAAGCGGAAGCCACGUCCUGGAAACCUAACACAUUCCUUGGACCGGAGGACGCUUCUUCAUUGGUAAGUGAAGUCAACAAUCAAGUAGAUGAAGAUGCAAACGAAGUCGCGACUUCUUCUGUCGUCCUUCUCGAGACUGGCGACGUCUUGGGCAUGGAGGCGCAGUUCACGAAGCGUUUGAGUGGAGACUGGAUCAGUCGUCCGUACAAGACUCGAGGGGAGAUUCACAUCACCUAUGACGUAGAGCAUGCACGAUACGAAGGACUACCAGAUGCAUGGCGAACACUAAACCAACAGUUUGGGUUGCCGCUCGAAAAGGUUCCCAAGCGCGAAGUCAAAGGGUACGAAACCAAACUACCUGCUGUGCUGGAAAUGAUGAAGACCUGCUUUCUAGCGCACGACGGAACUACAACGGAAGGGGUGUUUCGCCUGGCACCAGACAAACAAGAGUACAACGCGAUCAAAGCUGCCAUCAAUGACGGAUCGUUCGAGGACUGCUCCGAUGUUCACAUCAUGGCUUCGCUCAUCAAGGGUUGGUUUCGAGAGCUUCCAGUUAGUCUGUUCAACAUGCUUCCAGAGCAGCUGAUCGCGCACACUUGCCAACUUAAGGAUCCGAAACCCGAGGUUGUGCUGCAUUCUCUUACGGCUUUACCACCACUACAUCAAAGCGUAGUGCUGUGGCUGCUAGACCUGCUGAACGAAGUUGUGAAGCAUGAGAACGAGAACAAGAUGACCACCAAAAGCAUGGCAAUUGUCAUGGUACCGAAUCUGCUGAGCGUUGAGAACCCCGAUGCUGCGAUGGUAGUCGCGGUAUACCGACAAGCUGCAGACUUCAUGCAGAUGCUACUGCAUGCACGGAUGCAGCAGACAUAA